CUCACUGCUCGGUGGGUCCCACGGUCGGAGGCGGCGCCGUCUAUACAAAAGUACAGCCACGACGACAUCCAUCGCACCCACCCACUCACGAGUCCAUCAAACCACUCCACCCCGGUGCCGGUGGCUCGUCCUCCGACGCCAAGCCACGCCACCUCGCGCCCCAAUCCGGAAAGCCCCGCCGCCGCCGCCGCUCGACCGGCCGUCGACCCAUGCUUCGCGCGGCGCUCUUCCGCUCAGCCCCCGGGCUCCGCCGGUCUCCGGCGAUGGCCGCGGCCGCGGCCCCCUUCUCCACCGCCGCCGCCGCCGCAGCGUGGCUCUCCAACGGCCCCGCCUCCACCCCGCCUAGGGUGCGGCUCCUCAUCGGCGGGGAGUUCGUCGAGUCGCGCGCCGACGAGCACGUCGACGUCACCAACCCAGCGACGCAGGAGGUGGUGUCCCGGAUCCCGCUCACUACGGCCGAUGAGUUCAGGGCCGCCGUCGAUGCCGCCAGGACGGCUUUCCCCGGGUGGCGGAACACGCCCGUCACGACGCGGCAGCGCGUCAUGUUCAAGUUCCAGGAGCUCAUCCGGGCUAACAUGGACAAGCUUGCAGAGAACAUCACUACGGAGCAGGGGAAGACGCUGAAAGAUGCUUGGGGUGAUGUGUUCCGUGGCCUAGAGGUGGUGGAGCAUGCUUGUGGAAUGGGAACACUGCAAAUGGGCGAAUAUGUAUCAAAUGUUUCUAAUGGGAUUGACACCUUCAGCAUUCGGGAGCCACUUGGUGUUUGCGCUGGGAUAUGCCCAUUUAAUUUUCCUGCUAUGAUUCCCCUAUGGAUGUUUCCCAUAGCAGUUACAUGUGGCAAUACUUUUGUCCUUAAGCCAUCGGAAAAGGACCCAGGGGCUGCUAUGAUGCUUGCGGAGCUAGCAAUGGAAGCUGGUUUACCUAAGGGUGUUUUGAACAUUGUUCAUGGUACCAAUGAUGUUGUCAACAAUAUUUGUGAUGAUGAGGAUAUUAAGGCUGUAUCUUUUGUUGGUUCCAAUACAGCUGGUAUGCAUAUAUAUUCUAGAGCAUCAGCAGCAGGCAAGCGUGUUCAGUGCAAUAUGGGAGCAAAGAAUCAUGCAAUUAUCCUUCCUGAUGCUGAUAGAGAUGCUACAUUGAAUGCCCUUAUUGCUGCUGGGUUUGGUGCAGCAGGGCAAAGGUGCAUGGCAUUGAGCACUGCUGUUUUUGUUGGCGGCUCAGAAUCAUGGGAGGAUGAAUUAGUCAAUCGUGCAAGUGGUCUCAUUGUUAAUUCAGGAAUGGUUAAUGAUGCAGACCUUGGUCCUGUGAUCAGCAGACAGGCAAAGGAUCGUAUCUGUAAGUUAGUCCAAAGUGGUGUCGACAGCGGUGCUCGUAUAUUGCUUGAUGGAAGAAAGAUUGUGGUUCCUCAAUAUGAAGAUGGAAAUUUUGUUGGUCCAACCAUUCUGGCUGAUGUUAAAAGUGACAUGGAGUGUUACAAGGAGGAAAUAUUUGGUCCAGUGCUUCUCUUAAUGAAGGCAGAGAGCCUAGAUGAUGCCAUCCAAAUUAUAAACAGAAACAAGUAUGGCAAUGGGGCUUCCAUAUUUACAACGUCUGGUGUCUACGCCAGGAAAUUUCAAACAGACAUUGAAGCUGGCCAGGUGGGCAUCAACGUGCCGAUUCCAGUUCCCCUGCCAUUCUUCUCCUUCACGGGCAGCAAAGCUUCAUUCGCAGGAGAUUUGAAUUUCUACGGCAAGGCUGGCGUGCAGUUUUUCACCCAGAUCAAGACGAUCACGCAGCAGUGGAAGGAGUCGCCGGCACAGCGGGUCUCCCUCUCCAUGCCCACCUCGCAGAAGUGAGACAUCAAGCACCCCCACCCCACUCUCCGAAGCUUCACUCCUCUGGACAUAGACAUAGACCCAAUGCAUGGCACCAGUUGUCCAGGGGAUUGGUAGGCACGGCAGCACUCCAUGCAUGGUGUGCUCGCUCUCUCUUUUGUCGGACACCAUGCAUGCUCAUUCAAAACAUCCAAGAGCGCUGCUCAUUCUGCUCUGUAAAAGUUAUAGAAUACUGUAAAAGCCCCAGGUCUGUAGAUCGAGUGUCAUGUGUAAACCCACAAUAAGAGGAGAAAUAAAAAUGCCGGCUGUGCUGGUCUGUGGUAUUUGCCUGUGC